GGCACUGACUGGCAUCACUGCUGGGCACUGACUGGCAGCACUGACCGGCACAACCCCUGGUCACUGACUGGUGGCGCUGACUGGCAGCACUGCUGGGCUGCACUGGUGGGUGGCACUGGUGGGCAGCACUGGUGGGUGGGCACAGGUGGGUGGCACUGCUGGGCACAGGUAGGUGGCACUUCUGGGCACAGGUGUGUGACACUGCAGAGUGGCACAGGUGGGUGCAUUGCUGGGCACGGGUGGGUGCACUGCUGGGCACAGGUGGGCGGAAAUUGCGGGUGGCACUGCUGGGCACCGAUCAUCAGGGCACUGAGCAUCAGUGCCCUGAUGAUCGGUGCCGAUCCCCGCUCUGACAACUGCCGGUUCUCGGCAGUACUUUCCUCACGAUCUGACAGCGUGAGGAAAGUGCAGCCGAGAACCGGCACUUGC